UCAAAUACACCUUGGGACCUCAAUUUUCACAUUUGUCCAACCUGCCUUCUUCUGAGAGGGCACAGUCCCACACCUCUGCUCUCAGCAAAGAACCCAGGGUGCUGAUCAGGACAAGUCAUGAAUGCUCUUACGGCUAUUACUUUUUCCCUUUUGGUUGCUCUGGAGCCUGUGAACUGCCAGACAGUUCGAGGAAACCUUCAGCCAUGGUUGCAGGGUCUCAUUGCACUGACUGUGUUCUUGGUGUUGACAGGGAUUGCCUUUAUUGUCCAUAAAUUCUGGUGCCAGGAUAAAGAGAAAGAUCCAGAGGUCUUCAAAGGGGGCAGCAAGGGAGACAUGGCCAUUUCCAAUGGUACAGAAGGAAAUUAUUCUACAACUGCUGCAAAUUUCAGAUGUGAAGAAGGCCGCCAUGUCUAUGAAAACACUAUUGAAAAUGAUUGUGGAAACACGAUUGAAGUUCUUUCUACUGAAAUGUAGCAUCAUCCCGUGGUAUCCUUCCUUGAUUUCUGAAAAAAAUAUCCUCCAUGCUACAAACUCCAUCGUCCAUACAUGGUGACACCAAUACUUACCAUGAAAUCGUAUGGAUUUAAUCACUCUGCUAGGACUGAUGACAUCAUGAAACUCAAAGAUCUUUCUCUCUGUUUAAACCUGUAUGGUGGAUUCUUUUUGUUGUUGUUGUUAUAGGCGAAGUUCUAAGGAAUAAACUUUCACUAUAUGGGUUCUAGAUUUUUCACAUAAGGAGCCAACUAUUGGAAUCUUACAUUUUUAAGAACCCAUGUGGCCUUCAUUCCUUAGCCACCUAUUAUUCCUACUUAGCAC